AUGGGCAGCACUGCAUACCACAGGGAUGGAAUGCCUUCGAUGAGGAAGAAUCUGCACGUCGCCACUGAGCCCGAAGAAGCUCGACAAGCCGCUCUGCGACUUCGAGCACUUGGUCUUGAGCCUCCGCGCGCACAUCUUUUCAAGAAGUUGGCGCAAGCAGAGUCCGCCCGGAGCUCUCGAAAAGAGCAGGAUGUUGCUGGUUCGCCGAUGUUCCUGAGCCCGCAACUCAGAGAAGUCUGCCUGGCUUGCUCUUUGUCUUGUGACCUUUACUUAUCAUCUCGAGGCUCUCGCAUGCACCAUGAGGCAGAAGUAGACUCCUACCAAAAACGGUGCCUGACGAAGGUCGAUGAGUGGUGGUAUCUCUGCAUCAUCGUGGCGAGUGAGACCAAGAAGAACGUUGAACCUGUACUGUGA